AUGGAGAAACAUGGCGAAGGAAAACCGAAACAACCUAUUAUGUUUGAUGGAAUGGCAUUGCCACCAUUUCCUCCCCUUGUAAAAGAUGCAGAGAAAAGAUUUGAAGAAAUAAGAGAUCUGGAAUGUAGAAAAGAUGACGUACUGUUGGUUAUCUAUCCGAAAUCAGGGACGCACUGGGUCUGGGAAAUCGUCUGCAUGUUACUAAAAAAGAAAGCCGAAUACAUGAAGGAAUGCAAAGAGUUUUUCUUUUUGGAAGCUAUACCAGACAUGAGUGUAGUUCAUAAUCUUGCCUCUCCAAGACCGCUGAACACGCAUGUUCCCUACAGAUGGCUACCAAAGCAACAUAUAGAAAAUGGCGGAAAGAUUGUCCAUGUUCUGAGAAACCCUAAAGAUGUUGCCGUGUCGAUGUUUCAUCACUUUAACAAUACUAUGGCAUUUGGUGAACCUACAGACUUCAAGACGUUUUAUGAGAGAGUUUUCAUGGGUCCAGUUCAGCCAUUUGGAGGCUGGUUUUCAUAUGAAAAGGAAUUUGAGCAAGCAGAAGCAAAAGACACACAUUCUGCUAUUUUCACAUUGUAUUAUGAAAGUUUAAAAAAGCAUCCAGUGGAGGAAACCAAAAGGCUAGCCAAAUUUUUAAACGUUGAUGUGAGCGAUGAAGUUAUAACUGAAAUAGUCGACAAGUGUAGUUUCAGAAAGUUGAAGCAAGCCAAUGACACAAUGAAAGAAUUUUUAGAAUUUCCAAAUACCAAAGUAAAAUCUAAGGAAACUAUGUCGAAAUUGUAUCGGAAGGGAGAGAUUGGGGAUUGGAAGAACCAUUUUACAGUGGCUUUGAAUGAACACUUCGAUGCAGUAUUCAAAGAGGAAAUGAAAGACUCUAAAAUUCAAGUGCAAUAUGAAUAAAAAAAAUCAUAAUUAAUACACACAAAUGAUUAGCAUUGCUUGAAUUUUAUAUCCGUGUAUGUCCAGUCAAAGACAAUGCCCAUCUGUCAAAGAGUGAAAUAGAAAAUAUGAACUUUUUAAAUUCUCGUAAAAUAUGGAUCGAUAUACUAUACUAUUAUGCAAAUGUUACAGGGUUUUCAACUUUCUCGUUUAAACUCAGCAUUUCGAAAUUUCUUUGGUCGUUCCAAAUACAAGCUUAAGUCUGCAGUUCUAUUUUGACUGACACGUUUCCGACCAUUUUUAGGAUCAGAGAUAGCAAAUUAAACUGUUGAUUUGUGUUUCUCUGUUUGACCAAAUUAUUUGUAGAGGACUUAAGAGUUUGCUUUCUGUCGUUGUUGCUGUUCAGGGACAUAUAUAUGUAUCACUUUUAGAUUCCUUAUUUACCAGAUUAUCCUAAAGGAACAGAGUGAUUUUCACCACUUGGAGGCUAAACCAAGGAAGUCGAAUGUAUGCAGUUAUGUAUAUGUACAUAUUAGACAUCCAUAAAGAUACAAUUAAAAAAGUUUUUAUUUCUUUU